GUGCUGACAACAUGAACGGCACAGAAGAGACAGUGCUAAUACAGCACCAUUCCAUUGGCAACAAGCAGAACAGCAGGAUUCCGCACAAAUCUGCGUUGCUGAUAAUCGACAUGCAGAACGACUUCAUACAUGGGACUUUGCCAGUUGGCGGUGCAGAGUCCAUCAUCCCAAUAAUCAACAAGCUUAGUGCACUGAGUGCGUGGGAGUUUCUGGCUCUCACCACGGAUUACCAUCCAGCAAACCAUAUCUCAUUUGCUUCAAAUAGCCCCCACAACUUGGAACCGUUCAUGUCCGUCGACAUCUCUUACACCGACUCCCGCACAGUCUGCGGCGACGAGUACAAGCCCAUUUACCAUCAAUCUGCAGCUGGCAACUGCACCGCUGAUGACGUGCAUGUCCACUUCUCACAGGAGCUCUGGCCAGACCACUGCAUUCAGGGCACGUGGGGACAACACAUCCAUAAAGAUGUCACUGUUCCCAAGCAGGCCUUCUUGGUGCGGAAAGGCUUAACAACCGUUAUCGACAGCUACGGGGCCUUCACAAACAACUACGGCAUGUAUUUGACAGACCGUAGCCCCGAGGCUCUGAAGCUAAUCGAGGAGAAUUCUCUCACGGACUCCUUGAAUGCGCUUGGUAUCCAGCACGUCUAUGUAGCUGGCCUUGCUUUGGAUUAUUGCGUUAAGUACACGGCCCUGCAGGCCUUACUGCGCAACUUUGCCACGUACCUUAUUCUUGAUGCCACCAAGCCUGUGAUGGAAACAACUGGUCAGGAAGCCGUACAUGCGGUUACAGCCGCGGGCGCCAUGGUUGUAGAGUCCUGUACAAUUUUGGGCACCUGCUGA